AGGGAGGCGAGGAGGAGCGAGGCAGAGCAAGCAGAAGGGCGGCCCCGGGCAGAGCCCAGGCGUGGAAGCGGAGGCGAGGAAGGGAAGAAGGGCAAGGAGAAAGGCAGAGGGUGCGGGGAGGACGCAGCAAGAGCAACAGCCAAAUGGGUCGGGGGGGGACAGGGAGGAAGCCACCUUCCCCGUCUCUGGCCCGGCUGCUGCCGCAGCUGCUGCCCGCUGAAGCUCUGACGUGCCCGGGCCGGCAGGGGCACCAAGGCAGCCCGUCCGGCUCCGCGCGCAGCUGCUGCGCCCACCCAAAGCGCGCGCCGGAGGCCGCCGGGCGCAGCAGAACUACAAGGCCCGUCGGCCUUUGCGAGGCGGCUCUGCCCUGACGCCGCUCGCCGGCUUCUCCCAGUCCCGGGACCAACAGCAACAACAACAACGCGCUCCGUGGUGCGCGUCGAGGCCGGGGCGGGCAGCGGCGCCCCUGCAGGGGCUGCUGGGACUUGUAGUUCGGGCCGGCGAGCGAUGGAGAGGACCGUGGCCAGCGGCUCCUUGCUGGGCGAGAUUGGUUUUUGGGCUGCACGGACGCCUGUUCACGAAGCAGCCAGGGGGGGAGAAACCCUGCAGCUACAGGAGCUCAUCCAGAAUGGAGCCUGUGUCAACCUGGUGACCUAUGACUCCAUCACACCUCUGCACGAGGCCAGCCUGCGUGGUCAGACCCAGUGCGUGAAGAUCCUGCUUGCCGCGGGUGCCCAGGUGGACGCCAGAAACAUAGAUGGCAGCACGCCGCUCUGCGACGCCUGUGCUUCCGGGAGCAUAGAGUGUGUGAAAGUCCUGCUCUCCCAUGGAGCGAAAGUCAACCCUCCCCUCUACACCGCCUCUCCCCUCCAUGAGGCCUGCAUGAAUGGCAGCGCUGAGUGUGUCCGUCUCCUGGUUGAUGUGGGUGCUAACUUGGAGGCCCACGAUUGCCACUUCGGGACGCCUUUGCACGUGGCGUGUGCCAGAGAGCAUCUGGAUUGCGUGAAGAUAUUGCUCAACGCAGGUGCCAACGUGAAUGCUGCCAAACUUCACGAGACGGCUCUCCAUCACGCUGCCAAAGUGAAAAAUGCUGAUCUGGUGGAGAUGUUGGUCGAAUUUGGGGGAAACAUCUAUGCCAGGGACAACCGCGGGAGGAAGCCUGCUGACUAUACCUGGAGGAACAGCCCGGCGGCCAAAUGCUUUGAGUUUUAUGAAAAAACUCCACUCAGCUUGUCCCAGCUUUGCCGACUCAGCCUGAGACAAGCCUUCGGCCACCAGGCCCUGGAGAAGAUCACCAGGCUACCCAUCCCUCCACGAUUAAUCGAAUUCCUCUCCUACAAAUGAUCAACGGUGAAAGGGGCCUCCCAAGGACAGCGUCAAGCAGAUCUCAUGCUAGGGUGCACCGCUCACCUUUUCAUCUCAGGCAACCUUCUCCAUAAGAGAUUGUUUUGUUUUAAUGGAUGUAAAUACUGUUUAUGGGGCACCUGUUGUUCCUCUUUGCUGGGGAUUCUGGAGCAAUGUUUAAUAUUUAUAUGGUGCUUUUCUGAGCACUCAAAUGUUCCCCACACACAUUGGUCUUCUUGGCAACCACCAAGUACAGCAGGGGACCUCAGACUUGGGUCUUCAGAUGUUGUUGGCUUACAACUCCCAUCAUCUGUGGCCUUUGCCCAUGGUGGCUGGGGAUGCUGGGAGUUGUAGGCCAACAACAGCUGGGGACCCACAUUUGAGAACCUCUGAAGUACGGCGUUAUUAUCUCCCCAUUUUUAGAGGCUGUGUUCCCAUCAUAAUUGAUGGCAGCCCUGAAUGAGUGGCUCACAGCUUCUGUUCCUGACCAUUUUCACCGACCCUAGCAUGCGGGGUGUUCACAUAAAGUGCUGAUGCGGCGCCAGCGUUCACACCAGUACAAACCAGGUGGCACCUCCAGUCUCUCGACUCUAUGGGUCUUAUUGCUUGGUGCCUAUUUUGGGGGUGGGUGUAGCCAGUAGACCAAGCAUGGCCAUCCUGGUGUUUCCAGCUGUUGUUGGACUACAGCUCCCAUAAUCCCCAACCCCCAUAAAUUGCAACUGGGGAUGAUGGGAGUUGUAGUCCAACACAACUGGAGAACUGCCAGCCCUGCAGUAGACUGUGGGAUAUAUCGUUGCUACAGGCACGUGUUCGUUUUCCCCCAAUCUCACUAUGAUCUCUGCUGCAACAGCUUUUGCUGCUCUGCAUCUGUCUGACGCACUACAACAUCCUGUGUGGCCGGAGACUGCAGCGGGGCAGAAAAAAGCAAACGCCUGUCCCGUUGGCCAAUGAGAGCUCUAUCGUGCCUUUCCCAAGUCCCACAAAAAGCAGGCCUCUGUGCUUUCAGUGUUGUGGGGCUCAAGGCAGGUCCUUUGCCUCAUUUAUGCAGACAGGAUGGCGCUUCAGCUCUCUGCUCCCACGACAUCUCCUCUCUGCCUCUGUCUGGAGUCUGCAUGGUGCAAGCACCUCAGUACCGCCGCCCUCGCUUGCAUUGCUGAAAUCUGGAGUUUGGCUGCCGCUCCGUGCUCUGUAAUGUUCUGUUGGGCUGGGCUCUUGUGGCCGGUCUUGUGCAUGUUUUGUCUGGCAUGGCAGCACACAGAAUCAGGCUGCUGGGCAUCCAUCCCCUACAGCAGGGAUGGGCAUCCAUUCGGCUGGCAGGAUCUACUUGCUUUGUGCUAGAUGCCACCCACUGGCAUCUGGUGCAAUAUAGUGGCUCGGGUGGGAAUAUAUGCCUAGCAUUCAAGCACAUGCCCAACCCAAGAAUGUUUGUCCCAUGCCAGCAUUGAGCUGAUUUCCCCCUCCAGCUUUCAGUGUUUCAGCAGCCUAAUUCAGGGGGAGAGAGGACCCUUUUAGUUGUAGCUAGAGUUAAGUAUUUUGGAGUCAGAAACCCUUGCCCUUCUGCUGCAAGGCACCCAGCUCCUCAUCUUCCUUCUGCUCACUGCUGCUCCACAGUCAGAAUCCCAUUCCUCUGCUCCUCUACAGUUCUGCAGGACUCUGGUGAACACACUGCACAGAGUUCCAUGCGCGUUGUAACACACCGCGCACGCUCUCGCACAAAAAUGGUGCAAACGCAGUUGCGUGAUGGCGCGGCCAUGAUUUCCACUGGCCGUGCCAUCGCGCAACUGUGUUUGUGGCGUUUUUUGCAUUGGCGCAAGAGCGCACUUGUGCAACGGUGCACACAUAGUGUUACAGUGCGCAUGGAACUUUGCGCAGGAUGCCAGCCACAUCCCUUGCCUUUGCUUCCAAGGGAGUAAAAUCUGAUCACCAGGACAGAGUCGCCAAGCACUCAUUAGGAGUCCGGUUUUCUGUUACGAGAGGGGGUAAUGAUGUUGGAUACACCUGCCACUGGUUCCUCCCUGCUAUAAGACGACGAGGGAAAUGGCUUGAGUGGGAGAGGGUGCAGCUUGCCUUACUUUGCCUCCUUGGAGCUUGCAGCUGCAGCCUGCAGGGGUCCCCUAUCCCUGGUGUGGUAUCCCUGCCCUACCCCAGAGUCAAGAGAUAACUCAGGCUUUUCUUGCAAUUCCCAUGGAGUGGACCUAGGCACCAGCUGCCUGCGCGCCACCCUAUUCAACGGCACCCAACUUAAGGCAUUGGCUGUGCUCAUCCUGCUACAUAUUCCCAACCACCCCAUUGUUGCCCUAGUCAGAAUUAAAAUGACCAUAAUCAUCGCCAGCAUUUAUAUCGUGUCAGGGCGGCGGGCGGGGGGGCACCUGAGGCUUUCCAGCUGUUGCUGGACUACAACUCCCAUCAUCCUUUGCUGUGCUUUAGCACUGCUCUGGAUGGUAGGAGUUGUAGUCCACCUGGAGAGCCUCAGGUUGGCCACCCCCGUAUAGUGCUUUAAGGGUUCAAAUAAUUCCCCCUUAAAAGGAUCUCAGUAGUGCUUACAACAGCCCUGUUAGGGUAGGCCAGCACCGUACAUGACAGAUGUGAGCCAGAGACUGAGUCGAGGGGUUUCCCGAGGCCGCUUUGUGAGUCCAAGCCUGGGGCAAGCUUUAAACUGGGGAUUUUGCCGCUCAACACUGUAGCCCCUGCAUAACACCAGCCAAGGUUUUAUGUGGGCUUUCCCAAGAUCAUAUCCUUUCUGAAAGUCUCUGGCUAAUAAUGAUCAUACUCUAUGGAAUUCUCUGCCACAUGACGUGGUGAUGGCCACCACAUUGUGUGGCAGAGCAACCCCUGCUAACCUGGCAAAGAGGCACCUUUUAACGUGGUGAUUUUCUUUAUUUAGCAGGGGGAGAGUAACUGGCCCUCUCCACCCCCAGCACAGCACCCUUCCACUGACUGUUGCUGGUGUCUGUCUGAUGUUUCUUUUUAGAUUGUGAGCGCUUUGAGGACAGGGAGCCAUCUUAUUUAUUUAUUAUUUAUCUGUGUAAACUGCCCUGAGCCAUUUUUGGAAGGGUGGUAUAGCAAUCGAAUUAAUAGUAAUAAUAAUUAAUAAUAAGUUUGGAAUAAAUGCCGCAUGGUGGUUCUGUCCAGCACAAGUGUGCACUAUAGGCCUCACUCUUUGCCACAGAGUGCGUUGUCAAGAUCACUUACCGUCGCUCACCCUCCACACGCUGUUUACCCUGUGUAAUUAAUAGAUGACCAGAGUAACUUUGGGAGCACUACAUGUAACAUUUGCGUGAUGAGGAGCAGCCCACCAACCGCCGUGAGAUCUCUGAAGCCCAAACUCUGUGGAAGCUAGUCCUCAUGGUGAGCUGCUUCCACUGAGCCACUUUCUGCCCAUUUCACCGUCCCCCCCCCAAACCUGUUGGGCCUGCAUGUGGUGGAGAUGUGGUGUAAGGUCAACGUGGCAGGAAGUGAAUCGGCAGGGGCAAGUGUCCGCACAAGGACGGCUCACGGGAUGAGGCAUCCUCUCCUGCACGCAGCCUUCUAGUCGGCAGCUACGGGGCUGUUGGUUUUUGUGCGCCAGGCCUCAGUCUCCCUUGAGAGGCUCUUGGGUCAAAGAGUCACCCUGGGCCCGUGGGUGCAGGGAGCUGGCGUGGAGAGGACGGCUACAAGCUACAGGCCUCAUGCUCUCCUUGCUACCAUGUGUGGUGCACACUUUGUGCUCAAGGCACAGCAUGUGAGGGCAUGCUCUGUGCGAGCAUCCACUGCUGCCAUGAUUUGUGAAAGAGAGGGCUGGACAGAUCGCAUCGGUGGCAGGGGUGCAAAUGCUUAGGGAUGUACAGCAUAAGAACAGCCCUGCUGGAUCUUAGGAGGAGAGCUGGUCUGGUGGUAGCAAGCAUGACUUGUCCCCUUAGCUAAGCAGGGUCUGCCCUGGUUGCAUACGAAUGGGAGACUAGAAGUGUGAGCCCUGCAAGAGAUUCCCCUCAGGGGAUGGAGCUGCUCUGGGAAGAGCAGAAGGUUCCCAGUUCCCUCCCUGGCAGCAUCUCCAAGAUAGGGCUGAGAGAGAUUCCUGCCUGUAACCUUGGAGAAGCCGCUGCCAGUCUGUGUAGACAAUGCUGAGCUAGAUGGACCUAUGGUCUGACUCAGUAUAUGGCAGCUUCCUAUGAUUAGGCCCCAGGCCCAUCUAGUCCGGCAUCCUGUUUCCCACAGCGGCCCACCAGAUGCCUCUGAGAAGCCUGAGGUGAAGGCAUGUUCUUCCUCUUGCUGUUGCUCCCCUGCAACUGGUAUUCGGAGAGAUCUUGCCUCUGAGGCUGGAGGUGGCCUAUAACCACCAGACUAGCAGCCACUGAUAGAAUUGUCCUCCAUGGAUUUGCCUAAGCCCCUUUUAAAGCCAUCCAGGCUGGUGGCCAUCACCACAUCAUGUGGCAGAGAAUUCCAUAGGGUACGAUCAGCAUAGAAGGUGAUCAUGCAGCUCAUUCCACAUGUGUUUGGGGCAAAAGAAGUGCAAACCAGAGGGUUACUCCUACACCUCAGUGCGUGUGGAUUCUGCAGGCUGUGCCAGAGUGUGAACAAACCAUCUCAAAGCAACAGACCGCUUUGCAUUCAGCUUCUUGGGUCUUAGCUCCUUUGCAUGCCAGCUGGCAUCCUUCUUAUCAUAUGAACGUGACAUCCUGAGGAGGCCAAUGGGAAGAGGGAUGUGGUGGGAAGGGUAUCAUUUUUGAUAACUGACUACCUCUUCAAUGGGUCACGUGAAACACCCUCCCUUAUAAUGGGCCAAGACCAGAAUAAACCUAAUUUGAUCUUGUGAAA